GUAAUAAGUGAAACGUGACUACCAUUAGUUUAGUAUGAUUUUAUAUAUGUUGGGUUCAUUUAACCGUGACAUUUGAAGUUACAAUUUCGUUUCAUAGGAUUUUUCAUUUUAUCAAAGAUGCAGAUUCUGAUAUACGUGUUUGCGAGCUUCCUGUUCUUCAAUCAUGCAUAUGGAGAGUCGCAGCAAAUGAUAUACAGUGCAACAUAUUCGGGAACAACAAUAACUUUUGACAUCAGGAUCUAUACAGGUACAGAUACAGUAGCCGCUGCUGCUAUAGCAAAUCCUACGACCGGGAUAAUCGACAGUGGGACAUCUACAAAUGCUUGCAAAUACAUUGCCUCUUCAAGCCCGGUGCCGCUGGUGUCGGGAACUCAAGGAUCAAAUAACUAUGUAGAGUUUGAGGUGGUCAUUGAUUUCACAGAUUUAUCGUCGGUAACGUUUGAAAGUGUUGGUAAUACAGACCUUGGAUGUACUUUCUCGGUGAGUGUUUUCACUUAUCAUAUAAUAUGUGUUGGUAAGUCAAAGAUGUAGGUCUCUUUAAAAAUAGCUUUGUAGUCAACCAACAGUGUGGAACCCAGUCAAUCCAACUGUACGGACGUACAGGUUUGACCAACUGUAUACAUGUGACAAACUGUAUGGCGCCGUCUGUAUAAAAAGGCCGGUGUCAUCCUUUUCAUACCUUAUAUCAGUUUAACCCUAGGCUCAAUCUGCUUGACUGAAGCAAUCUAUGACGGUUUACCACCUGUAUUGGGCC